AAGGCCAGGCCUGGCAUGGUGGACUGGCGGCCCCGGUCAGCCGACGAGACCACCGUGCCGACAUGGAGACCCCAGGCUGCCGAGGAGGGCAGCAAGCUCCCGGGCAGUGCAGGGGACACAGGCCAAACAUGGGACAUGUUUCGGCCCAGGCCAGUGUCUACAGGUGAUCUGGACAGAGCCCUGCCGGAUGAAGCAGGGUUCCAGAAACCCAGUCUGGACCCUAAGUCCACCUGGCUCCUCUGCCUGGGGACAGAUAUCCCACCCAAGUACCAGUGUGAUUUGGUGUGGCAGGGAGGCAGGGAGGUAUACCCAUACCCCAGCCCCUUGCAUGCUGUAGCUCUGCAGAGCCCCCUUUUUGCCCUGACCAAGGAGACCCCACAGAGCGAUGGCCCCUGGCCCCCCGGAAAGCCCCUCCUUGGCCCUGUGGGUCUGAGCACUGCACAGACUGGACCAGUCUUUGAGGCUGGCCCAGCCCAAGCCUAUAUUGACAGGCUACUGAGUCUGCGGGGCCAGGGGACUCCCCCAAGAGGCAAUGUGGGAGAGCAGGGUCCUCCAAGAUGUGAAAUGCCAUCCCCACAGAAGCAGGGUGGCCAGAGACAAGAUGGGAGAGGUCAGCCUGAGAAGCUGGGGCUUGCCCCAGGGAGGGAGGAUACGAGGGACUUGACUCAGAGGGGCAGCCCCCUGCUGCAGAGACCUGAGCCUCUUGUGGGUACCCAGCAUCCCAGCAGCCUUGCAGAGGAGGGUCCCCACCCCUCAGAUUGCUGCAUGCAUGGGGAGACUGCGGGGCACUUUGUCCACCUGCCCUUUGCUACCCGUGAGGCCUCUCCAAUUGGGCUAAAAACCAGCCUCCCCAAGAACAAGGUCACCAAGAUGAAGAGACGAUCCAGUGACAAGUUGCUGUGGUUUGGGAAGCAGCCAUCACCCUUGCCAGAGAGAGAGGGGGCUGCCCACAUGGACCCCCAACCUCCCUCUGAGUGGGGCCCUUCCCACCGGCCACUGGGAGUGGCCGGGCUCAGGAGGAGAGUGGCCCUGGCCGGGAAGGUGCCCGGACGUUCCUGCUCUGAGUCCACCCUCUACCCUGUGCCCUUCUUUGUGCCGCUAAUGGUGACCCGGAGGGAUGGCCACCGCACGUCGGCCCAAGCGCUGUUCCCCUUUGAGGCCAUCCCCUUUGGCGCCGUGACCAAGAGGAGGCAGCGCUGCUGGCAGUCCAGUGUAGAGAUUUCAGCCCGGCCACGCCUGACCAACUAUCCUGAGCCCAGCCCAGGACCCCCCAGGCCCACGGCCAGGAAAGCAGUACCCCUCAGGGCACUGGCCAGUCAGGAUGCCCGCACCAGGAGUGGGUCGGAUCCCUCAGAGGGUGCUUCAUGGCUCCACUCCACCAUCGCAGAGACCAGCGAGGGGGAGGCCAGUGACCACACUGCCAGCUGCUUCGGGGACCUGGAGUCUAACAGUGACUCAGACGGCAGCACCCAGGGCAGAGGUGGCCUGGUGCUGGACUGCAUGGCAGCUGGGCAGGGGAACCUGGCCUGGCUCCUAGGGGGCCCCCAGCAGCCACCACAGGCCCCGCUUGGCUCAAGGCCACCCCUGCCCCCCAUGCCCAAAUUGUGCCGCAUCAAAGCCUCCAAGGCCCUGAAGAAGAAGAUUCGCAGGUUCCAACCAGCGGCCCUGAAGGUCAUGACCAUGGUAUGAGGUGCGUCCCAGGAGCCACAGAGAGUUGCAGGAAAGACAUGUCCUGAGGAGCUCACAAAUGAGGCUGCCUGACAGUCACAGAGGAGCCUUCCCACAGCUGAGUGUAGUGGCCAGAGGAAGGAUCUCCCAGAGACCCUUCCCCAUGGAGUGUGGCCAUGGUUCCUGCCCAGGAAGAUGCUCACUGGGUACUUGGGAGCUGCAGAUGUAUCCAGCCAGGCCAAUGUGUCAUCCCCGCCUCGCCCCAGGGUGGUCACACCUUUCAGGUCCCUUCUCUGAGCUGCAACCCCAUGUCCUUCCAGGCCCUGGCACUGAGUUGUGACCCUGCAUCCCAUCUUCCCAGUCUUUUUACGGUUCUUCCCCAGAGCAUCCUUUUCCAGAGGCAGGGCGGGACUGGAACUGAACUUGGAUCUGAGCUCCAUGCUGAGCUCAGCAGGAAUGAACACCCUCAUCAUGCCUUUGUUUUUUCAAAUAAAAG